AGAUUACGUAUUUAAGUCUUGAACAUAGUCAUCCAUAAAAAUACAAUAAGACCUUUCCAUUUUUAUUUUUUUUUAAAAAUAAAAGUGAUCCAGAAAGAAAAGAAAUGAAAGUGGUUAAUUAACGGGUGAAGUCUUUUUUUUUUUUAAAAAAAAAAGAAAAAAAAGGAAAAAAAAGUAGUGAUGCAGCAAUAUUGUAGAAUAAGAAAAAGGAGGGAUGUGAUAGAGAGAUUUAUUAAUGGUGGUUGAAAGAAUGAUGGUGGCAUUGUGUACGGGUUGCAGUCCAAGUUGUUGGUUUCUGUUGAAUUCCUCCACAAUAUCCCCUCGCCGCCCUAAUAUCAGUAUCAGUAGUAACAAUAAAGCAGGAGGAUUCCCUCUUCUGUUAAACAAAAAGAGAGAGAAUGAAUCUUGUAUAGGUAUUAGGGCUCUACCUGCCGCACGCUCCGACGACAAUAUUAGUACUACUACAGUCGUCGAUGAUAGUGAUAAUCUGCAAGACAACACGGCGAUAAUAUCCGCUUGCUUUGUUGGCCUCUUCACCGGUAUCAGUGUCGUCCUUUUCAACUAUGCGGUCCACGAAAUACGCGAAUUCUGUUGGGAUGGACGAGACGCCUCAUGGUUAAGGGAGCAGCCCCUUCCCCUCAUUUGGCAACGUGUAAUCUUAGUACCUGCUUCUGGUGGUCUCAUUGUCAGCUUUCUCAACGCUUUCCGAACCACACUCCAGGACCAAAAAAACUGGACAUCAUCCGUCUUGAAACCACUUUUAAAGACAAUCGCUGCUUGUGUCACUCUAGGAACUGGCAAUUCCUUAGGACCAGAAGGCCCUAGUGUUGAAAUUGGUGCAUCCGUUGCCAAAGGAAUUGGGGCUCUGCUCGAUAAACCUGCUCAGAGAAAGCUAUCUCUCAAGGCUGCUGGAUCAGCUGCUGGAAUCUCUUCUGGAUUUAAUGCUGCUGUUGCGGGUUGUUUCUUUGCUGUGGAAUCUGUGUUAUGGCCAUCACCUGCAGAGUCCUCCUCGUCCUUGAUAAAUACGACUUCAAUGGUUAUUCUCAGUGCCGUUAUAGCUUCUGUAGUCUCAGAAAUUGGUCUUGGCUCGGAACCUGCAUUUGCAGUCCCAGCGUAUGAUUUUCGUACACCUACGGAAUUGCCACUUUAUCUUCUGCUGGGCAUCUUUUGUGGCUUAGUUUCAGUGGCAUUAUCAAGCUGUACAUCAUUUAUGCUGCAAAUAGUGGAAAAUAUCCAAACAACCAGCGGUGUCCCAAAAUCAGCUUUUCCUGUGCUGGGUGGUCUUCUGGUUGGGCUGGUAGCUUUAGCAUAUCCUGAAAUCCUUUACCGGGGUUUUGAGAAUGUUGACGUUUUGCUAGAAUCUCGCCCACUAGUGAAAGGCCUCUCUGCUGAUCUGUUGCUCCAGCUUGUAGCUGUCAAAAUAGUAACAACUUCAUUAUGCCGAGCCUCUGGAUUGGUUGGAGGCUACUAUGCUCCAUCUCUAUUUAUUGGUGCUGCUACUGGAACUGCUUAUGGGAAAAUUGUUAGCUACAUUAUCUCUCAUGCUGAUCCAAUCUUUCAUCUUUCCAUCCUGGAAGUUGCAUCCCCACAAGCAUAUGGCCUGGUUGGCAUGGCUGCUACUCUUGCUGGUGUCUGUCAGGUGCCUCUCACUGCGGUUUUGCUUCUCUUUGAACUGACCCAGGAUUAUCGCAUAGUUCUGCCCCUUCUGGGAGCUGUGGGGUUGUCAUCGUGGGUUACAUCUGGACAAACAAGGAAAGGGGUAGUAAAGGAUAGGAAGAAAUUAGGAGAUGCAACAACCCAGAUGGCGCAGUGGCACAGAACUUCUUCCUCCAACAUUGAACGUCCUAGCUUAACCUAUUCUUCAGGUGCGGAACCUUCACUAGAAGAGAGUGACCUCUGCAAACUUGAGAGUUCACUCUGUCUUUAUGAAUCUGAUGAUGAAGAAAAUGAUUUCGCAAGGAAAAUUCUAGUUGCACAGGCCAUGAGAACGCGAUAUGUGACAGUCCGAAUGAACACCUUGCUAAUGGAAACCAUAUCUCUCAUGCUAGCUGAGAAGCAAUCUUGUGCUAUAAUAGUUGAUGAAUAUAAUUUUCUCAUUGGUCUGCUGACACUCAGUGAUAUCCAGAAUUACAGCAAGUUUCCAAGAGCAGAGGGAAAAUGCCAGGAGGAGCUUGUAGUAGCUGAAGUUUGCUCUUCAAAUGGCAAUAAGUGCCGGGUAUCAUGCACAGUGACUCCAAAUACAGAUCUCUUUUCUGCUCUAACUCUUAUGGAGAAACAUGGCUUAAGUCAGCUACCUGUUAUACAAAGGCAUGUGAAGGAUGAAGGAAUACAUCCUGUGGGCAUUUUGGACAGAGAAUGCAUCAAUAUAGCUUGCAGAGCAUUAGCAACUAGAGAACAGCUUAGCUACGGAGUAAAGGCUAACUGAAGAUUGAAUGACCCGUUUGCAAUAUUGUUCCUUAUUAAAGCAUGUUGAGGGUUAUUGUCUCCGAGUAAUCCAUCCUCACCCUGUUGUACAACAGGGUUGAACAAGUAAGCAUAGGCAGAGGAGACCAUACAACCAGGAAGGUGGAUUCAUAGCUGAAGCUGAAGGUUGUUUAAGCUGCUUCUCAAAUCAGGCACUGCAGCCUAACUAACUACACGGACUCAUCAACUAAUUCCAAAGAUUCACUUCCCUGCCACAUAACUUGGAGCGGGAUUGUGUUACAGUACCUUGUGUCAAAAAUAAGUUAACACUCUUUUGUCGUUGCCUGAGUAAUAAUAUUUCUCCUUGCUGCUUUAA